UAUAAACUGCUACUCCGGCAAGAAAUUCCAGUCAAUUUGACUAAAUACAUGUUAUAAUAAUAUUCUUUACGUAGCUACACGGUGGAAUUUUGUCGAUAUUUCGCAGCACCCUAUUUUUUUUUUGCUGUUGCUGUAGCUGAAACAUGGAGAGCAAAUCUUACAUGGUUCAUAUGAACGGGAAUGGGGUUCACACCCAAGAUGAUGUUCACAUUAUUAACAUGAAUGGCAACGUUCGUUCGGACAAGAUGAAGAUCCGCAAAAAGAGGUGGAACAUUAGAGCCUCGGAGAUGUCCAAGAACACACUGAAUCCCAUCCGUGCCAUUGUGGAUGGCAUGAAGAUCACUCCCAAUCCUGAGAAGCCAAUGAUUGCCCUCUCUAUUGGAGAUCCUACUGUAUUCGGGAACUUGCCUACAGAUGACAAGGUUCUUCAGGCCAUGAAAGAUGCCAUUGACUCACACAAGUACAACGGUUAUGCUCCCUCUGUAGGUUAUCAGAAAAGCAGGGAAGUGGUAGCAAGCUUCUACAGCUGCCCUGAGGCUCCCCUUGAAGCCAAGGAUGUCAUUCUAACCAGUGGCUGCAGUCAGGCCAUUGAGCUGGCUAUCAAUGUGUUGUGCAACCCAGGGCAGAACAUCCUCGUUCCCUGUCCUGGCUUUUCCCUUUACAAAACACUUGCGGUCUCCCUUGGCAUCGAUGUCAAGCACUACAAUCUUCUGCCGGAGAGGUCCUGGGAGAUCGAUUUACGGCACCUGGAGAGACUCAUCGAUGAGAAGACCGCCUGCAUAAUCGUCAACAACCCCUCGAAUCCUUGUGGCUCUGUUUACAGCAAGGAACACUUGCAAGACGUCCUCGCAGUUGCCUCCAGAAACUGCAUUCCCAUCCUGGCUGAUGAAAUCUAUGGGGACAUGGUCUUUCCGGAGUACACCUUCCACUCAAUGGCCCCUCUAAGCAGGGAUGUGCCCAUUCUGUCGUGUGGUGGCCUGGCCAAGCGCUGGCUGGUGCCUGGCUGGAGGAUGGGCUGGAUCCUCAUACAAGAUCGGAACCAGGCUUUCGGGCCAGAGAUCCGGGAAGGCUUGGUCAGGCUGAGCCAGAGGAUUCUGGGAGCUUGCACCAUCGUCCAGGGGGCGCUGGAGAGCAUACUGAAUAACACGCCGCAGGAGUUCUAUCAUGACACUGUCAGCUUCCUGAAGUCCAACUCAGAGAUCUGCUUUUCGGCGCUGUCCUCCAUUCCUGGACUCACUCCCGUCAGGCCCUCAGGAGCCAUGUAUCUCAUGGUGGGGAUCGAGAUAGAGAACUUUCCAGAGUUUGAAAACGAUGUGGAAUUCACGGAGCGUCUAGUGACCGAACAGUCUGUCUUCUGUCUCCCGGCAACGGCUUUUGAGUACCCCAAUUAUUUCCGGAUUGUGGUGACGGUACCGGAGGACAUGAUGGCGGAGGCGUGCGGUCGCAUUCGGGAGUUCUGCCAGGAGCACUACAAGCCGCAUAGACAGGACACCAAUGGACUGGACCAGUGAGGGAGGAGGGGGCUACAAAGAGCAGGGCUAGAAAGGGGGAGAAAAGCAAAUGGUGCCCUUUCUAACAAGCGGAAAUCUGCAGACGUGGUCCAGCUGCAGCCAGUCUAUAUUCCUUCAGGUUUUUGAACACCCCCUACCCCAGUAAGUGGUAUAGUCCAUGCAAAUUACACGCUAUAUAGUUUGAUCUGAAUAAUCAGAAUCACUUCUGUUUCAUAAUAUAGCUGGUUCCGCAUAAUUGAGGACAUAUAAUUAUUUGUCCUGAUGAUAGAUGCACAUUUAAAAGUUUUACAUCUAUUUUAAAUGUUAUCCAAAUCAAACUGGCUGCUAAAAUAUAACUUUUCUUUUGGGCAUGUCACGAAAGUGUCAGGAUACUUAUGAGAUUGUAAUUCACCUAAUGUGGCUGUCUAACUUCAGUCAUAAACUCAGAAGCCAUAAUUUAUUUGUUUUGCAGCUUGGGCAUAAAGAGACUCAUGUUGUACAUAUGUUAUAUAUUAUAUAAUAUAUUAUACAUAUAUUAGGGUAGUUAAUGGGCAUUUAUUACAUCAACUAGUCCACCUAGCGGAGAGGAUGUAUAUUUGACUUGUUGGAUAGAGUCACAAGCAUUCUCCAUCAUGCUGGCUUUGUGCUGGUUGAUUUUGUGAAUUGUGAAAGAUAAAUUAGUGGAACUCCACUGACUUAAUUAAUAAAGUAGCCACCUUGUUGUAAAAUACCUUGAGCUUAUCACUAGCUAAAGGAAGACUGCAGUUACUCUUGGAGUACAAUGGACUGUCUUCCAACAGCUUAUCCUGAUCAGGGUUGUGGUGGGGACUGAUUCCAGGCAGCAAUGGGUAUGAAGGUAGGAGAUACCCAGAGCAUGAUGCUGGUCCAUCUCAGGACAUAUACAUGCACACAUCACAGGAAAAUAAGAGACACCAUUGAACCUAAGCACGUCUUAGGACUGACUGUGGGAAGAAACCCAAGCAAUCCUGUGAAGAACACAUGAACUACGCACACAUAGAGGUGGGAUUUGAACCCACAAAGCAGCCCACUGAGCCACCAUGCCACCCUCACAACAAUUCUGAUCAGAUAUAUUUAUAUUUAUGUAAAAUUUUGCAGGGAAUGCGAUCCUGCAUAUUGCUUUUAUGUGUUUUGUACUAGUUUCAAAGUAGUCAUAUAUAAAACAAUCAGAUUUUAAUGUAUUUAGAAAUUCACUAAUUGAAUCAUAAGCUUGAUACAAUAUAUAUAAUAUUACUCAUGUAUUGAAAUGUUUUGUGUAAAGAGUAUUUUAUGCAAUUUGGAUAAUGAGCAUUUAAAAAAAAUAAAUGGUGGUCUUCAUCAUUAA